UCCGAGUCCCACUUGCGGAAUAAAAACAUACCUCUGGGAUCGUUGGGUGUCUAGUCACCGCUGUCAUGGCCAGUCUUCUCUACUACCCGGUCUACUUCCUCGAAGGCUGCGUCGCCCUCACCAUUGGCUUCUACAUGCUGUCCCUCAUCCUGCCCCGAGCAGCCUUCGUGGCCCGUUCGCUCGCCAGCUACCUCUCGCUGCUCCUCUGCGCCGGUUUCGGCGUCAUCACCUCCAUUGCCUUUUCCCUGCUCGGUCACGGCCAGAGCGCGCAAUGGGCCGUCGGCCGCUCCUUCAAGUACGUCAUGGCGCUGACCACGGGCGUCCGGUUCAAGAUCGACGACCCCAAGAACAUCCUCGGCAAAACCCGCCCCGCCGUCUUUAUUGGCAACCACCAGACCGAGCUCGACGUGCUCAUGCUGGGCUGCAUGUUCCCCAAGUAUUGCUCCGUUACGGCCAAGAGCUCGCUGCGCAAGACCCCCUUCCUCGGCUGGUUCAUGUCCCUCUCGGGUUCCAUCUUCAUCGACCGCGCUAGCAAGACCGACGCGCGCGCCGCUAUGGCCGGCGCCGCCAACCAGAUCCAGAAGAAGCAGCAGAGCGUCUACAUGUUCCCCGAGGGAACCAGGAGCUACUCCAAGGAGCCCGAGCUGCUACCAUUCAAGAAGGGCGCUUUCCACUUGGCUGUCCAGGCUCAGGUUCCCAUUGUGCCGGUUGUCGUUGCCAACUAUAGCCACGUCCUUAACGUGAAGGACUUCGUCUUCAACGCCGGAGUCAUUCCUAUGAAGGUCCUCGACCCCAUCGACACCACCGGCCUCACCACCGCCGACGUUGACGAGCUCUGCAAGAACACGCGCGACCUCAUGCUUAAGGAGCUCAUCGCCCUUACCGCCAAGGCCCGCGGCCAGUCCGUCUCCGAAAUUUCCGCUGCGAACAACCAUCCGAGCGUGGCCAAGACGUCUGGAACCGAUAUGCAUGUCGCCGCCUAAACGCAUGAUUUUAUACAAUUCGGCUGGGAAACAACAGCUAGGCCGAUUCAGAUAGACCAGGUGAAACUCUGCUCGUUUCGCUGCGCAGCAGCCCAGGACAGCGUGAAAUCCCAUCAGCCAGUCAGCCCCGCGACGAGGAUGGACUGAACUGGGAUUGAGAUUAGUACUUUUUACCCCCCUAAGAAGAGGGGUGGGAUGAGGAAGAAGAUGAGGAAGCAGCCGAUUUUCAGCAAAGGAAUAGGAAAAUAGAGGAGAGAGGUAGAGCCGAGAAUUGCAUAUCUUAGCGGCAUGAUGGCUCGGAACUACCCUUUGAGUUUACGCGCAGGAGGAAGACAAGGAGGGGAUGAAGACUGCGCAAGAAGGAAUGAAGUCAAUAAUAUCAUGAGACAAAGACAGAGCUACUAGAACUAGACUAGCACAUCUUUCUAUAUAGGAUGGGAUACCCAGUUACCAGGUCACGUACUUGGGGGUUGUGAUGCGGUUUGGGGGUUGGGCCAUUUCCCUUACUUUUGAAAUCAAAGGGGUUUG